UCCCACAAUCCCCUUCGGUUGCUUCCCGGCUAAGAUGGCGGCCGCGGCUUGGUGCUGCCGGGCACCCUGCCGGACGGGCUGGCUGCCCUCCCUGCAGAUCGUCCGCCACGCCAAGUCGGUCACUCGUCACUGGAAGGCGAUGCACUUUGAGCGGCAGAAACUGAUGGCGGUGACGGAGUACAUUGCCCCCAAACCGGCCGUCCCAGAGAAGUGCAUCGCUCCCCGCAUCAAAGCAGUCAAGGAGGAGAAUGGCUAUGCAAAGCUGUUACGCUGGCAAGUGGCAGAGACGUUCAAGGACAGUAAAAUGAUCGCUGUGUGUCAGCACAACUUUACGCCCAGCGAGGAAAUGCUGCUCAUGAAACACCGCCUCAGGAAGCACAACAUCCAUGUCAAGUUCUUCCCUAAUGAGAUUGUGAGACCCUACCUGUCAGUAUCCAAAUACAAGAACCUCCUGCCUCUCUUUGUGGGCUGCAAUCUCAUGUUAGUGAGCCCAGAAAUCAAGGUGAAGGAAAUGUUGCGAAUACUGAAGAAUGUGCCACAGAUAAACCUCCUAGGUGCCUGCAUUGACAACACCAUCCUAAGCAACCAGGGGGUUGUAAACUACUCCAAGCUGCCCGCUAUGGAAAUCACCCAGGGGCAAGUGGUGGGCACUCUCUCUCUCAUGGCAUCCCAGACGCGUGGUCUCCUGCAGCAUAGCUCUGUGCACCUCACAGCUUUGCUGGAUCAAUACAUCAAACAGCAAAGUUUUGGAGCUGGGGAGACUGAUGGGAAGGCAGGGGACGGCCAGGCUGAGCUGUGGCCUGCCAAGAGUUCUGCAGGCCUUUGAUGCCAGUUCCCCAGCACUCUGUUUAUUAGCCACAUCCUGUACAUAGAGGCUUAUAGCAGGGAGCCUGAGCCUGCCAGGUUUCAUCUCAGGUGGGUGUGGAUUAGUGGAAGAGGCCAAUCGCCUGUCUAAGCCAACAACAGAAUUAGCAGGAAAAAGAUCCUAGGGGACUAACCUGUCAGACUGAUGCUAAUGGAAUGUGCUACUGUUUGGGGGUGGAGUCUGCUGUGUUUGGGGGUGGAGUCUGCAAGGUGGGUGCAGUUCUCCUUUCUCAGCCUGGAUAUGUGAAGCUAUUCCUCCCUCUACUUUCUGUAAAACCCCCUCUGGUCAGUUGGUAAUGCAACUGAUGGAUCAUACCGAGUCUUCGUCAGUGGGAAGGAUUGUUCUGUGAUGUGGGAAGUGGAGCAGAUGGUGGUUGUAGCACUGCAUGCUUUCCAACCAUUACCAAUCCAGCAGUGAGACUCACUGGGAUCCAGGGGAGACCAGAAAGCACAUGGGGAAAUUGAGUCCCUCUCUCAGGGGAACUGAAAGGCAGCCACCUCUAGGGUGGAAGGCACCAAUUGUUUAAUGACAGACAGUAAUGCUUCUCUACACUUUAAGACAGGAAGUGAAGAAGACACUGAAACAGCAGGCUAUGCUAGGGACACCAAACGGAGGGAUAUGCCUUCACAGCAGCUGGAAAGUGUAAUUCCUAGUGCGGGCAGAUGUACACGCGUUAGCUCUGUGUAAUCUCCCCCCCUAAAUAUAGCAGCGUGUCUGCUGUGGUUCAAGGUAGCCGCCUGUGGGACUAGUCUAUGCGCCUGUGGCCACCCUGCUAUUUUUAGGUGCUGGCUUGAGUAGAGCUAGUGCACAUGCGUCUGUGCCAGCAGGGUAUUCCGUCUCCCAGCUGCUGUGUCGACGUUCCCUUCAUGGCUUGAGCACGUGUUGAACCCUAGAGAAAGAUGACCAUUUUCUAUGGAGACAUUUUUGCUGAUGGAAAAUGCCUUUUUUUUUUUUUUUUUUUUUUUUUAAAAAAUAAUUUUUUGGGGGUGGUUGUGGGCUUCUGUUCUUGUUAAACUAUGAAAGAUUUUGGAGUCUUCAAUUAACUUCCGAAAACAUUUGAAGACAAAUCUUAUUUUUGUUGGAAACAUUUUACAAAGGAAGGGGAAAAAGAAAACGAGCUCGGCUUCAGCUAACAGCUCGGUUCUUUCAGAUGGGGCCCAACCGUAGAGAGCUUGACUAUCAUGGUUAUUUUUCUCAGAUGGGCAGCCCCUGCCUGUCCUCCCCAGGGGAGAACCUCCUGCUUCUCCCUCAUCUGUGCUUCAGUCCGGCACAGGAGAACUACAGCCCAAUGCCUUCCUAAGAGCUGGGGCAGGCACCCUGCCCCACCCAAGAGCAGAGUUCCCUGCCUCCAAGUGCCACUGUUUUUCCACUGAGUCUGAAACCAAACCCAGCCCUGUGUUAGCAGGAAGGGAUGUUAGCAAAAUAGCCUUCACAGUGUAGUCAAGUGGCAGCCAAUCUAUCCUCUUCGCUGCUGUUUGCAGGGUCUGGGUGGCAAUGGGGAAUUGAAGAUGUGGAGAUUUUAGUCCUGAUGUAUAUUGGCCUAAUACCACUGAUGUGAGUGGACUUGUGCCUAGCUGAAGCAGGGCUGUAGAUGGCAUCAAUCUACAGGCCUGCUGUAUAAAAUGUUUUAUCAGCACUGCCCUUUAAAUUUUUGUUGGAUCAGGGCCCCUAUUCUUUUUUCUGAUCGCUUUUGCCUCAAGGUUGUGUGGACUGGAGCCAUGCAGUAGCAGUGACAGUACUGCCUAUGCCUCCUCCAGAGAUGGAAAAACUCCCUGAAAGCGAGUUCUGUUGUGGGUGUUAACAGCCGCCUGUGGACAGCUCCUUUGUCUGUGCUGUUGAACUGAACUUUGCAAAGCAUCAGGGCCCGGCCCCAGCCUGGCUGUGGGAGCGAAAUGGGAGGACUCGUUAAUAAACAUUGUUUUCUAAAA